GUGGUGUCAACAACAUCCAACAGCCCACAGCGCUGGUCGUCGCAACUAGCCAACUAGCAAUUUUUUCAGUUUUUGCUUAUUUAAAAGUACACACAAAUAUAUGAUUUCUGCUUAACGAAAAAAUAUUUCAAAAACAGCAGCUAAUUAAAAACUAACCUACGAAACUAGCAAGUAAACGAGAGUUUUGCGAAAUUUUUCAAAUUUCAAAACCGUUUUUUGUUUUCUUUUACAAAAGUAAGCAAACAGUGACUGCGUUAGUGCAAAUGCUUUUUAGGCAGUUAAAUAAUUUUGAUAAAUUAUUGCAAAUAAUUUUUAUGCAAAACAAAAAUUUUUGCAAAGCAAAUCUCAAAAGUGUUGUGUAAAUCAAGUGCUGACCAGUGUUCACGAAAAACUGCCGAAGGAUUAUAACCUAAAAGCAGCAACCACUGGAAAUGGAUUAAUUGUUAAACUGAGUGAGAAGUUCAACGUCAUUUUAUAAGCAAACGUAAAAUAAUUAUUUGGAACUUUUAGCACGAAAACAGCGUAUUUUUAGACAAUCCUUGCGGUGCUUUGGCCCAAGUGAAAUAUACAAUAGUGUAAUCUGCCUGAAAAGUGUCAAAAAUAAAUUGCGUUGGAAAAUAAAAAAAAAUAAUAAACUAAGAAACUUUCUAAUUUAAAUUGUGUGUUAAUUUUUAUGAAAAAGCACACAGGCGCCUUGAGUACGAGGAAAUUCAAAUUAGCAAGUGAAAAAGGAUAUUGCAAGAUGACCAGAAAAGGUUCGAGUCCACUGGGGCUCGACAUGUUGGCUGUCUCAGUGGCAGUGGCAUUCAUAUUUUUGCCAUUAUUAGCACAAGCCGCUCCCCUACAAGAUGCAACUGAAAUUCAACAAUACACAGAAGGCUGUUAUUACAAUUACAAUCACUACAAUGAAGGCGAUAGAAUAUUGACGAAUGAACCCUGCCUGAAUUGUACCUGCCAUAAUAAGAUGCUCAUGUGUUAUCUGCGUGUCUGCCCGUUCACGAAGCCAAUCGGUCACGACUGCAUUGUGGAGAAGCGUGAGGAUCAGUGCUGUCCGAUUAUCACAUGCCCCGAGGUACCAGUUGAUAUUGCGCAUCAUGCACCCGAACCAGGCACUGAACUCAGCAUUCCCGAGAAAUAUGGCUGCAGCAUCGACAGUAAAUUCUACCCAGAGGGCGCACAAGUACCAUCGAACCCAAAUAAGCCCUGCGAGCUGUGUUACUGCAUCAAGAAUCGCACUUCGUGUUUAAUGCAGGAAUGUACGCUGCAUAUUGACGGUUGCACGCCCAUCUACAAUAAGGGUUCAUGCUGUCCCGUGCGUUACAAUUGCGAUCACGAGAAUGACAUUUUGGAAUUGGAGGAUCAUUCAUCGACCACAUCCACCACCACCACGGAGCGUCCAACGCCUGGUUUCAUACUCACAACCACCAUGUCGCCCUCAGUCUCCACCGAUUGUGUACACAAUGGCGAAAUUUAUGCCGACGGCGCGUCCAUUACUGGCAAGAGCGCCUGCGAACAUUGCUACUGUAUGCGCGGAGAUAUUGUUUGUGCUGUGCAAGAAUGUGAGAUGCCAAUGUUGGCCAGCAAUGGCAAGAGUUGCCAUGCAUUGCCACCAGCCGAAGGUGAGUGCUGUCCAAGCAAUUAUGUCUGCGAAGAUGACUCAGCCACAACCGAAGCCUUUGAGAUCACUACUGUACCAUAUGCUAAAGAAGAAGAAGCAGUUACUGCCAGCCCUGAUAAGGACCUGCAUGGCGCCAUUCCAGCCGAGGAUAUUGAACUACAACAACACAUUGAUGAAGAUGAAGAAGAAAAGGUAUCCACCGAUAAGCCCGAGGUCGAAGCCGAACAAGAAGUGGAAGGUAAACCUGCCGAUCAAGUUACUACUUCAACUCCUGAUGUGGCAGCAAUUGGUGCCACUGAAACAGCGGUGACAGCAGAAUCUGAAGAAGCACAAAAGGAAGAAGGGAUUGAGGAUAUUGAGCGUGUUACCACAGUUAAAUCUGAAGUUGCGACCGAAGCACCUGUUGAAGAGCAGAAGACGGAAGAGGAACCGACAAGUACUGAGGCUGCUGAGCAUGUAUAUGGAACAACAGCUGGACCUGAUGGCACCAAACGUAUUGGCAUUGAUAUUGACGAGCAUGACAAGGCUACCGCUGAGCCAGCCGCUGAGGAAGAGGUCACUACAGUUCCAAGUACUCAUGUGGAACAUAAGCCAACAGUUGAAUUUGCCGACAGAAUUGAUACUGAAACAGGUAAACCGAUUAGCGAUGAGGCAGCAACGACUGUUCAACCAGCAAUCGCAGAAAUACCAACUACUGUAUCCACGCCUACGAAAGCUGAUAAGGAGUCCGGUGAAGAUGCAAGCGCUGAGACUGUCGAAAGUGAGGAAUCAACAGAAACAUCUGAAGAAGCUAGUGCUGCACAUGAGAAACCAACCACUACACAGCGGCCCGUUGUUGAGAAAGAAAGUUCUGAGGAGUCCACAGAAGUUGCUGAACAAGAAGCCACCACCAAACAACCAAUCGUUGUUGUAUCUGGAGAAGAGCCAGAGAAAUCCACUACGCAGCGGCCUGUUGUUGAGAAAGAAAGUGCUGAGGAGUCCACAGAAGUUACGGAACAAGAAGUCACCACUAAACAACCAAUUGUUGUUGUAUCUGAAGAGGAGGAAGAGAAACCCACAAGCACCGAGGUCAGUAAGGAGGGCAGCGAAGAAUCAACUGAGUCUGCAGAAGCUGAGGUAUCAACACAACAAUCUACAGAAAUCUCAAGUUCAGAAGAGGAAAUACCCGAUAUGCAAUUGCCAGCUGUUAUACCAGGAGAAGGUGACUGUUUGGUCGGCCACAGAACUUACGAAAAUAAUACAAUCAUACCAACGGCGGACGAGUGUGAUAUAUCUUGCAAAUGUGUUAGCAGCAUUGUUGUUUGCCAGAAGGUUGAGUGCGAUAUCCCAGCAGAUAUUAGCAGAUGUGUUAUCGAUCAAGCAAGCUCCACCAAAUGUUGUCCCGCAUACAUCUGUGAACCACAAGAAACUGCAGCAACUACUGCGCCCAUUGCACAGGAUGAAGAACAGCCAACAGUUGCUCCUAUCUCAGAUAUUCACAUACCUGCUGCUUCUACUGAACAGCCAAUGUCUCAUGUCAAGGAAGAAGAAGAACCAAUUGUAGAAGGUACAGCUGCUCCAGAAAUUGAUCAAACCGCAUCGAUUACCGAAAGUGAAGAGGAUAUCGAGGCAGCUACAGAGUCACCUAUCGCACCUGUUGUCGUUGCUGAAACUGAAGCAGAGAAGACUACUGUCGCACCUAUCGUGGACGCUGGACACGUUGAAACUGGUACAGGUGUUCCAGGUGCUGAGGAAGUUGAGAAGGUUACUGCUAAACCUGAAGAAGAAGGUGUUCCAACCGUGGAAGAAGACAAAGCCACUAUUGAUCACGAAAUUCCUGAAAUCACUGAAAUUGAAAAGACUACAGUUGCUCCAACUGCUGAGGAAGGCGCUAAGGUUACUGCUGUACCUGAAGAAGCAGUUUCAGACGUCGAAAAGGCAACAGAAUCCCUAGUUUCUGAGGAGGUCGAGAAGCCAACAUCUCGUCCAGCAUUCGAUCAAGGUGAAAAGGUUCCUGCUGUACCUGAAGAAGAAACAGUCUCAGACGUCGAAAAGGCAACAGUGUCACCAGUUUCUGAGGAGGUUGAGAAACCAACAUCUCGUCCAGCAUUCGAUGAAGGUGAAAAGGUUCCUGCUGUACCUGAAGAAGAAACAGUCUCAGACGUCGAAAAGGCAACAGAGUCACCAGUUUCUGAGGAGGUUGAGAAACCAACAUCUCGUCCAGCAUUCGAUGAAGGUGAAAAGGUUACUGCUGUACCUGAAGAAGAAGCACUUUCAGACGUCGAAAAGGCAACAGUGUCACCAGUUUCUGAGGAGGUUGAGAAACCAACAUCUCGUCCAGCAUUCGAUGAAGGUGAAAAGGUUCCUGCUGUACCUGAAGAAGAAACAGUCUCAGACGUCGAAAAGGCAACAGUGUCACCAGUUUCUGAGGAGGUUGAGAAACCAACAUCUCGUCCAGCAUUCGAUGAAGGUGAAAAGGUUACUGCUGUACCUGAAGAAGAAACAGUUUCAGACGUCGAAAAGGCAACAGUGUCACCAGUUUCUGAGGAGGUCGAGAAGCCGACAUCUCGUCCAGCAUUCGAUGAAGGUGAAAAGGUUACUGCUGUACCUGAAGAAGAAACAGUCUCCGACGUCGAAAAGGCAACAGUGUCCCCAGUUUCUGAGGAGGUCGAGAAGCCGACAUCUCGUCCAGCAUUCGAUGAAGGGGAAAAGGAAGAAGUUUCUGAACCGGUUACCGUCGGUGAGGAUAUUGAAAAGACUACAGUCGCCCCUGUUUCUGAAGGUCAUGAGAAGGUCACCUCUGCCUCAGUGGAAGAAAUACCAGAGAAGGUUACUUCGAUACCUACAACAGAAAUUGAAGGAGCUACAGCUACCCCAAUUGCUGAAGAACAAGCGAAACCAACAACAGCUCCUGGAAUUGAAGACAUUUCCGAGGGUGCUACUGCAACAUCCGCUGAAGAAGCAAGCGUCACUGCUACUCCUGCUGCUACUGAAAAAGAAGAAACCGCUCCAGAGUCUGAACAAAUUGAUGAGGUUACUUCUGCUCCUGCUAUCGAAGGCAUUGAAAAGGUUACCGUUGCUCCUAUUUCUGGCGAUGAAGAUAAGGACGGUGUCACAACUGUUCCAGCAAUCGAAGAAAUUGAGAAGACGACAAGAACUCCUGCCACUGCAGAGCCUGAGAAAGCUAUUAGUGAAGAAGCUGAAGAACCUACUGCUACUAUUGUGGGUGAAGAAAGUGAUAAGGCUACUAUUGCUCCUGGCCUUGAAGAAACUGAAAAGGUUACCGCUGCACCUAGUAUCGAUGAGGAAGGACAUUCUAUUCCAGCCUCUGAAGAACCCGAAAAGACUGCUGGUGGAGAAGCUGAGGAGCCCACUGCUAUUCCUGUUGAUGAAGAAUUCGAGAAAGUCACUUCUGCUCCUGCUGUCGGUGGAAUUGAAAAGACUACUUCAGCCCCUGUGUCUGGCGAUGAAGAGAAGGAAGUUGAGCAUAUCACAAUUGUUCCAGCAAGCGAUGAAAUCGAGAAGACAACUAGUGCUCCUGCCGCUGCAGAACCCGAGAAGCCCAUUAGUGGAGAAUUUGGGGAGGCUGUUACUGGUCCAGUUGAUGAGGAAGUCGAAAAAGUUACUCCCAUUUCUAUUGACGAAGAAAUUGAAAAGAUUACUUCCGCUCCUGCUGCCGAAGAAGAAGAAAAGGUGGAAAUUGAAAAGACAACUAGUGCUACUAUUCCAGAAGAAGGGGAAAGAACAACAGCUUCUCCCGCUGUUGAAGAUGUGGAGACUAGUACUGAUGCCUCUGCUGUUCCUACCUUCGAAGAAGAAAAGAAAGAAACUUCUGCUCCUGGUACUGAAGGUAUAGAAAAGACAACAUCCGCUCCUCUGGACGAAAGCGUAGAAAAGGUUACUGCUGAACCUACUGCCGAGAAAGGUGAGGAGAUUAGCGCUACUCCAACUCUCGAAGAAAUUGAGAAAACAACUGUUGCUGCCAUCGCCGAAGAAGCCGAUAAAGCUACCGCUUCUCCAGUUGGUGAAGAACCUGAAGAGGUCACUUCUGCCCCUGUUAUUGAUGAAGUUGAAAAGGUUACCCAAGCUCCUGAAGAAGGAGAAGUUCCAUCAUUUACUGGUAUUCCACGUCUUGACUUGGAUAUUGAAGGACAAUCGGGUACUGCCGCUCCUACCAAGGAUACAGAUGAAAAAGAAACCGAAAGUGUUGCGGAGGCCGAAAAGGUCACUACCGCUCCUGAAAUCGAAACUUCUCACAAAGCUACUGCAGCUCCAGAAAUUGAGGAAGGCGAGGGAAGUGGACAGGUUGAAGAAGGUGAAAAGGCCACUAUUGCUCCUGAAAUCGAAGAUGUUCACAAAGCUACUGCAGUUCCUGAAAUCGAAGAGGCCGAGGGAAGUGGACCGAUUACAUCUGAAGGCGAAAGUAUUGAGGAAGGAGAAAAGAUCACAGCUGCUCCUGGAAUCGAAGAUGUUCACAAAACCACUGCAGCUCCUGAAAUCGAGGAAGCCGAAGGCAGCGGACAGGUUACAUCAGAAGGUGAAAGCAUUGAGGAAGGAGAAAAGGUCACAGGUGUUCCUGGAAUCCAAGAUGUUCACAAAACUACUGCAGCUCCUGAAAUCGAAGAAGCGGAGGGAAGCGGACAGAUUACACCUGAAGGAGAGACUGUUGAAGAAGGUGAAAAGGUCACAGCUGCUCCUGGAAUCGAAGAUGUUCACAAAACUACUGCAGCUCCUGAAAUCAAGGAAACCGAGGGAAGCGGACAGGUUACAUCAGAAGGUGAAAAGGUUACUGCUACUCCUGAAAUCGAAGGUAUUCACAAAACUACUGCAGCUCCUGAAAUUGAAGAAGCUGAGGGAAGUGGACAAGUUGCAUCAGAAGGUGAAAGCGUUGAAGAAGGUGAAAAGGUCACUGCGGCUCCCGAAAUUGAGGAAGGUCUUAAAAAGAUCAGUGAUGUGCAGGAAGGCGAAAAUAUUACAUCUGCUCCAGUUACAGAAGAAAUUGAACAUGUUACCGCAGGUCCUGGUGCACAGGAAGCUGAAGGUGUGGAAAAAUCUACUCUUGCUCCUGAAUUCGAAAGUGUUGAAAAGAUCACUGCUGCACCUACUUUGGAGGAUACUGAGAAAUCAACAGUUGCUCCUGCACAGGAAACCGAAGGAGCCGAAAAAACUACGGCCUCUCCUGACACGUCUUAUGCCGAAGCCGCAGAGAAAACUACCCGUACACCAGAAAUUGAAGAUAUUGACAGAGUCACUGAAAAGGCUCCUGUCGCACCUGAACACGAAGAAGGUGAAUUUUUGGAGAAAACUACUCUUGCUCCUGAAUUCGAAGGUGUGGAUAAGGUUACUAUUGUUCCUGAUAUCGAAGAACUUGAAAAGGGUACCGUCGUUCCUGGACUCGCAAAGGAUGAAGUUCCUGAAACUGAAGAAAUCGACAAAGUUACCGCCGCUCCUGGCACCGAAAAAGUUGAAAAGCCUAGUGAUGUUGACCAUGUUGAGGCAGGUGCUGAGAAGGUUACAAUCACACCUGAAGUCGACGAAGCUGAAAUAUCUACUUCCGCGCCCACAAUCGAAAUUGACGAAGUUCCUGAAAUCGAAGAAGCCGAUAAAAUCUCUGUUACUCCUAGUAGUGCGGUAUCUGAAAAGGAAACCGUUACUCCUGAUGUGGGGGGUGAUGAAUUUUUGGAAAGUACUACUCUUGCUCCUGCUCUUGAUGUCGAAGGUAUUGAAAAGACCACUGCAACUCCAACUGCAGAAGAACCCGAAAAGGAAGACUUUGAAAGAACCACGGUUACCCCUCAUGCUGAAUCUGCAACUAAAGUCACGUCUGUUCCAACUGCUGAACAGCCUCAAGAAGUUACAUCUGCUCCUGGAGCUCAAGAUGUUGAUCAUGAAAAAGUCACAACCGCUCCUGUGGCCGAUGAGGAAUUCGAGGGAGCUACUGUUGCUCCUGGAGUGGACGCUGGAAUCGGUUUUGAUGACAGCAAGAAAGAAACGGAUGACUCUGAGAUUCAUAAAGCAGAUAAACACACUACUAUUCCUCCAACUGAGAUCGAAAGCGAAGGUAUUACAAUUGCUCCUCGCUUGGACUUGGACAUCGAAGAAGCCACCGUUCAACCUGUUGUACCAUCUCUAGAAGACACAAAUGUUACUCCUGCUCCAGCAGUAAUAGCUGAUUUAGAAUCAGUAGAGGAAAGCGAUACAUCAGUAGAAUCAGAAGAAGAGAGCACAACUGAACAUAAAGUACAACAUAUUGGAGAAUUCGUUACGGAUCAUAUCUUGCAUAGCACUACUGAAAGUGCUAUUAAACCCAUUGAGCCAUCCAAGGACGAGUUGGAAGCUUCAGGUGAAGAAGGCGAAAAUAUUGAGGAUAUAACCAUUGAACCCGCUUUGAAACCACAAUUUGUGGGCGCAGAUAUGGUUGCAGUUACAGAUAAGUCUACAACCGAGGAAGAGACUACGAAACCUGAAAUCAGCGAAGAAGCUCAACCAGCGUUAGAUGAGGCAGAUAAGGAGAAACAACCUACUCCAGCUGCUCCAGAAACCGAAGCUGAGGAAGCAGCAGCAACAUCGAAACCCGAAAAGGAAGAAGACAAACCAACAUCAGCUAAACCACAAGGCGUAGCCGAUGAACGAGAAUUCACCACUGCUGUUCCGCAAAUAGAUACAGUCAAGGAAGAGCAACACACCACGGGCAAACCUUUGGUUGAGGUAGCCGAAACUGUAACUGAAUCUGAAAAAGAGAAACAACCGGCCACAAGCAAACCUCAGGUCGAAUCUGAAGAAGAAGAACAACCUGCUACAGCUAAACCUGAAACCGAAUCCGAAGAGAAGGAGCAACCUUCAACAGCUAAACCUGAAAUCGAAUCCGAAGCGGAGGAACAACCAGCAACAGUUAAGCCUGAAGUUGAAUCUGAGAUCACAGUAACAGCCGCUCCUGCAGUCGAAUCCGAAGAAGAGAAACAACCUGCAACACCUAAACCUGAAAUCGAAUCCGAAGAGGAGGAACAACCAGCGACAGUUAAGCCUGAAGUUGAAUCUGAGAUCACAGUAACAGCCGCUCCUGCAGUCGAAUCCGAAGAAGAGAAACAACCUGCAACACCUAAACCUGAAAUCGAAUCCGAAGAGGAGGAACAACCAGCGACAGUUAAGCCUGAAGUUGAAUCCGAUAUCACAGUAACAGCCGCUCCUGCUGUUGAAUCCGGAGAAGAAAAACAACCUACAACAGGUGCUCCUGAAAUCGAAUCCGAAGAGAAGGAACAAUCAGCGACCGGCAAACCUCAGUUCGGAUCUGAUGAAGAAAAGAUCCCAGCUACAGCCACUCCAGUAACUGAAUCAGAAGAAGAAAAACAACCUGCAACUGCUAAACCUGAAAUUGAAUCCGAGGAGGAGAAACAGCCAGCGACAGCUAAGCCUCUGGUCGAAUCUGAUGAAGAAAAGAUUCCUGCAACAGCCGCUCCUGAAAUCGAAUCCGAAGAGGAGGAACAGUCAGCGACAGCUAAGCCUGCGUACCCAGAAUCAGCCGCUCCUGAAGUCGGGUUCGACGAAGACAAACAACCUGCAACUGUUAAACCUGAAAUUGAAUCCGAAGAAGAGGUAGAAUCAGCGACAGCUAAACCUCAGGUCGAAUCUGAUGAAGAAAAGAUCUCAGCAACAGCCGCUCCCGUUACAGAAUCUGAAGAAGACAAACAACCUGCAACAGUUAAGCCUGAAAUUGAAUCCGAAGAGGAAGAACAGCCAGCGACAGCUAAGCCUCAGGUCGAAUCUGAUGAAGAAAAGAUUCCUGCAACAGCCGCUCCUGAAAUCGAAUCCGAAGAGGAGGAACAGUCAGCGACAGCUAAGCCUGCGUACCCAGAAUCAGCCGCUUCUGAAGUCGGUUUCGACGAAGACAAACAACCUGCAACUGUUAAACCUGAAAUUGAAUCCGAAGAAGAGGUAGAAUCAGCGACAGCUAAACCUCAGGUCGAAUCUGAUGAAGAAAAUAUCUCAGCAACAGCCGCUCCCGUAGCCGAAUCUGAAGAAGACAAACAACCUGCAACAGUUAAGCCUGAAAUUGAAUCCCAAGAGGAAGAACAGCCGGCGACAGCUAAGCCUGAAAUUGAAUCCGAGAUCCAGGCGUCAGUCGCUCCAGAAGUUGAAUCUGACAAACCAUCUGCAACAGCUAAGCCUGAGGCCGAAGUUGAAGAAGAACAGCCAGCAACAGCCGCUCCUAAAGUUGAAUCAGAAGAAGAAAAACAACCUGCUACUGCUAAACCCGAAAUCGAGUCCGAAGAGGAGGAACAGCCAGCAACAGCUAAACCUCAGGUUGAAUCUGAUGAAGAAAAGAUCACAGUAACAGCUACUCCUGAAGCCGAAUCAGAAGAAGAAAAACAAUCAGCUACUGCUAAACCUGAAAUUGAGUCCGAAGAGGAGGAACAACCAGCGACAGCCAAACCUGAGGUCGAAUCUGAUGAAGAAAAGAUUCCUGCAACAGCCGCUCCUGAAAUGGAAUCCGAAGAGGAGGAACAACCAGCGACAGCUAAGCCUGCGUACCCAGCAUCAGCCACUCCUGAAGUCAGUUUCGACGAAGAAAAACAACCUGCAACAGCUAAACCUGAAAUUGAAUCCGAAGAUGUAGAAUCAGCGACUGCCAAACCUCAGGUCGAAUCUGAUGAAGAAAAGAUCACAGCAACCGGUGCUCCUGAAAUCGAAUCUGAGGAAGAAAAGCAACCUGCAACUGCUAAACCUGAUAUCGACUCCGAAGAGAAGGAACAACCAGCGACAGCUAAGCCUGGGUACCCAGCGUCAGCCACUCCUGAAGUCGGUUUCGACGAAGAAAAACAACCUGCUACAGCUAAACCUGAAAUUGAGUCCGAAGAGGAGGAACAAGCAGCGACAGCCAAACCUCAGGUCGAAUCUGAUGAAGAAAAGAUCCCAGCAACAGCUGCUCCUGGAAUCGAAUCCGAAGAACAAAAACAACCUGCAACAGGUGCUCCUGAAAUCGAAUCGGAAGAACAGAAACAACCUGCAACAGCUAAACCUGAAAUUGAGUCCGAAGAGGAAGUACAAUCAGCGACAGCUAAACCUCAGGUCGAAUCUGAUGAAGAAAAGAUUACUGCAACAGCCGCUCCUGAAUCCGAACUCGAAAAAGAAUCAGCCACGAGCAAACCGGAAGGUGAAGUCGAUGAGUACAAAGAAACUGCAUCAGUACCACCUACGACUGAAGCUGAAUCGGAAACGGAGAAGCAGCCAACAGCAACCAAACCAGAAGCCGAUGUUGGCGAAGAACAACAAACAGCAACUGUGCAACCUGUGGCCGAAACAGAAGGCGAUAAGCAACACACUCCUGAAGAAGCAGUGCCCGCCAGCUCUACUGAGAAGACAGAAUCAUCUGAAGAAGAAGCUGAAGUCAGUUCAGAAGAGAAACAAGGCAUCACAACUGUACAUCCGCUAUUCCCACAUAUUGUUACCACACUGCCAACGCCAGCUAUCGACAGCAGAGUUGAUGUCGUCGCCAAUACAACUGCGCAAUCCGAAAUUCUUACGGAAACCACCACACCCACAAAUCUCAUCGCCAGUGAUGUGCUCGUUACAACACAACCCACAAUCACACACUAUCCACCACCGGCACCCGUCUACGGCCAAUAUCCAUCCUACAACGAUGAAUAUCCCGACGAAGACGAAUCUGAGGUCUUCGGUCCCGGCACCUGUCGCUAUGGCGGCAAACUUUACGUGUCCGCACAGCAAAUACCACGCGACGAUCCCUGCGAUUUCUGCUUCUGCUUCCGAAGCGACAUUAUCUGCUUGCAACAAUCUUGCCCGCCACCAAUUGCCGGCUGUCACGAGGAACCGAUCUCUGGUUUCUGUUGUCCACGAUACGAAUGUCCCGUGUCGAUGGCAACCGUACUGAAUAUCACCACCAGUACGACAACGACAAGCACAACACUGCCGCCACACUUCCUGCACCACUCGUAUGGCGGUGCGGUGCAACGUAACGGCUGUCUGAUCAACGGCCGAUCAUACAAGGUUGGCGAGAAGAUCGAAUCGACGAGCGGUCCCUGCAUCAAUUGCACUUGCGGCGGCGAUGGAAAGAUGAAAUGUGAUCCUCAGGCGUGCGUGCCCGAACCCACGAUGCAGCAGGUGAUGGCUGUCGUGGCGACCGGCCGGAAGAGAUGAAAUAAUCGCUAAGCAUUAACGCUUACGCAUACAACACAGCAGAUAAAGAACACACACACACACACUCAAACACAAACACAAAGCAAGACUAGUGAACUUAAAUGAAUCUGCAAUCCCGGUGCCAAAACCACAAUGAAACAUUAUGGAAUUAUGGAGAAGUCGAAGCAAAUAUUGAAGAGACGAAGGAAACUAUGCAAAACAAAAAAAGAAAAGGAAACAAAAAUAAAAAACGAACGUUUUCGAGGCGAAAAAUGAGUUGGGCACACAUACCUACAUACAUAUCUGCGUAUGUGUUGUAUAUGUAGCUCCGUUAUUUUUGCUUUGAACACACAAACCCUUAUUAUUAUUAUAUUUAGUAGGUAUAUACUAUAUUUAUAUAUAAAUAUUAUUAUUUUUUUUUGUUUUUGUUUUUGUCGAACUAGCAUACGAGCAAACAACCAGUGAUAUUGUGCUGUAUACCUAGUAUAGGUGCAAUUAACAAUUUUGUAAUUAAGGACGCACUUACUUAAGCGAAAUUUUCGUUUGUAAUUUGUAAUUGUAAAAAAAAAACACAACAACAAAAGCAAAGCAAGCAAACGAACCUAACGUAAUUUUAUAUUAUAAAAAAAUAUAUAAUAAAUUUUAGUAAUAUUUGUAACGUGGUUCUUUGUGUGCGCACGAUAGCAGCGGCACGACGUGCAAGAAAAGAAAAAGAAAAACGUUAGACUAUGUAAAAAAUAAAUUCAAGAGACUCUCACUAAAAAAAAUAUGUUAAAAGCGAAAACACCAACCCGCAUGCGUCGUUUGGCACGCAUAUUGUGGCUGCCACAAAGAAUAACGUUAUGAAUUGUAAAAACUUUGCCAUUAACUAUAUUUGUAUUCGAUAUAUAUAUUUAACCACUAUGCUAGACAUGCGCUAGCGCCUAAUUGUAGACUAUGAUUUUUACUAAUUUUUAUAUGCGACACUUGCAACGAACUUUUUU